CAUGAAGCAGCUGCCAGCCCGGCCCGGCAGUCCUGUUCUCCUCGGCUGCGCAGUGGGGAAGCCGGCAACAGUUUCCUCCGGUGCCCAGGAUGCAGCGGGCCAAGACCCGGCGACUUGGAAGGAAGCUGAGACCUACCCUUGGACCCCACUGGCUGGGCAGGAGCUGCAAGUCUGGGGAGGUGAUGAAGGUGUCAGACGGCAGUCUCCUGGGGGACCCCGGGCGCACACCGCUGAGCAAGAAGGAGGGCGUUAAGUGGCAGCGGCCGAGGCUCACCCGCCAGGCACUGAUGCGGUGCUGCCUGGUGAAGUGGAUCCUGUCCAGCACAGCCCCGCAGGGCUCAGACAGCAGCGACAGUGAGCUGGAGCUGUCCACGGUGCGCCACCAGCCGGAGGGGCUGGACCAGCUGCAGGCACAGACCAAGUUCACCAAGAAGGAGCUACAGUCCCUCUACAGGGGCUUCAAGAAUGAGUGCCCCACGGGCCUGGUGGAUGAAGACACGUUCAAACUCAUUUACUCGCAGUUCUUCCCUCAAGGAGAUUCCACCACCUACGCGCACUUCCUCUUCAACGCCUUCGAUGCAGACGGGAACGGGGCCAUCCGCUUUGAGGACUUUGUGGUCGGUCUGUCCAUCCUCCUGCGAGGAACGGUCCAUGAGAAACUCAAGUGGGCCUUUAACCUUUACGACAUUAACAAGGACGGCUACAUCACCAAAGAGGAGAUGCUGGCCAUCAUGAAGUCCAUCUAUGACAUGAUGGGCCGCCACACCUUCCCCAUCCUGCGGGAGGACGCGCCCCUGGAGCACGUGGAGAGGUUCUUCCAGAAAAUGGACCGGAAUCAGGACGGGGUGGUGACCAUUGAUGAGUUCCUGGAGACCUGUCAGAAGGACGAGAGCAUCAUGAGCUCCAUGCAGCUGUUCGAGAACGUCAUCUAGGACGCGUGGGGGGGGAGGGGUGUCCCUGAGUGGCUGUUACCACCUCUGCCCCAAAGAUGCCGCCAGGAGCAGCCUCCAGGAGAAGCUUGUUUCUAAUGUAUUUGCACAAAGUGAAUAGUUUGCUGCAAACACACACACACACACACACGCACACACAUGCACAUCCUUCCUCUGGGCUCGCAGGUGCGGGGGGACAAAGGUUAGGGAGGGGCGGAGUCUGGCUGGGACCUGGGUCCAGGUGACGAGAGCCACACAGCUCCCACCAGCCCCCUCCCAGGCCUCCGGGUGGGCAGCUGAAAGAGCGGUGUCUUCAGGCCACUGGCCGCUGGGUGUUGCCUCCCCUGCCAAGGAGGGUCCAGUCUCCAGAGCAAAGGCUGCUCCCGUGGGAGCCCACUCGCCCCUCCUUUCUGCCACCCUUCUUUCCCACCACGCAGGGGCCAGGCUCCGGAGGCUGCUCUGGCCUUCUCGUUCCCCAAGCCACGCCCUGCCCACUGACUACACUUCCAGGAUGGCCCUGACCCCAGGACCCCGGAGGGGCAGCUGGGGGUCAAGGGAGUUCAGACUAGGAAAGAGGUGGUAAUUAGACAGAGGCAGCUGCUUCCUGGAAACGUUUCCCUGGGUCCCAGGACGCCUGCCAGCCCACUGAGCUGGUGGGAGCCCCGGUGGUGAGGGACCAGUGGGCUCUGUUCUCCUCCACCCCAGGAAGGGGGCUUUCUAGCUGGGGAUGGGGUCUCUUGGUGGGGAAUCUGAGGGGAACUGUCUGCCAACUCCACCUCCCCUCCCCCAGGCUGGCUCAGUGGGGACGCAGCAGGGGGUCUGCCCACACCCCUCAGGCACCCAGGUCAUCGUGGGUCCUGAGGAGAGGUCACAUGGCUCAAGGCCUGACCCCCAGGGAGCCCGGGUGGGCAGAGCAGGCCUGGGAAGGGACUUCUCCCUCCCUCUUUGCUGUUGGCCCCCGUCUCCCUGAGCCCAACAGCCUGGAUGAACCCCUUCUUCCUGGUUAGGGUCCUGGAGCCUUGUAGCCGUCCCUCCACACAGACUCACCCCAACCCCAUACAAGAAGCACAAACGCCCCCAGCAGCUCAGGCCGCAGCCCACGAGGGGAGCCCAGGCCCUCCUGCUGGGCUGAGGGCUGGGUGCCACCGGCCCCCAUGGGUGGCCCCAGGGUUCUGUGGAGAGUCCGUUCUGUGCCUCAGAGCAGUGGGGGGGCUUGAAGCCCACCCCCCGCCCAGCCCAGCUCACCAACGUUCAAAAGCACAAACCCUGGGGAUUCUGCUUGGCUGGGUUCUGCUCUGAGGAUGGAGGCUGGCGUCAGCCUGAAGCCAGCGCCAACAAUGAGGGCCAAGGGGCCAGAGGCCGGGUGGCAGGUCAACAGAAACUUCCAGGAGAGAGAGAGAGGCUGCUCCCGCCUGCCCAGGCCGCCCUGGCAAGAAACCCAGUCCCAGGCAGCACGGAGCAUCCCAGGAACAUUCCCAAAGCAUACAUUCCAUCGGCUGCCGCCCCAUCUCUGCUCAGGCCUGGCCCUAGGGUGAGCAGGGCCCUCAGAGGAAGGGCAGGGUGGCGGAGGCCGUGGAGAUCGGCCUGGCUCGGCCGCAGGGACCCCUUGGCACCUACACACAUGUGGUCCUCCCCCUUGGAGUUGCACUGACACCCAUCUCCAGUCUGACUGGGGGCUCCCUCUCCCCUCCUCCAGGAGGGCAUCAGCUUUCCCCGGCUCAGGGAUAUUCUCCCCCAUCCCCAUGCCCACCCCCUCAGCCCAGCCCUCCCAGCUGGUGUGGCUUUGCUUCUCAGGGGCCAAGGCCAAAGGAGAGGGUCACCACCAUGCCCUGCCCGCCCCGGCCUUGGGCCAGACUGGCUGCACGUCCAACCCGGAGGGGUCUGGCUCCCACUCUGGGAUGCGAACCGGCCGCAUGUCUGCAUGGCAGAAGUGUCUCCCUUGGACGCAGCCUAGGAGGGUGGUUCCUGUUCUCAGCGCCCACCAAUAUUCAGUCCUGUAUAUUUUAAUAAAAUAAACUUGACAAAGGAGAGGGACUCUUGUUGGCUUUAUCCCGACUCUGAAAUUUGGUCCAGCCCCUCCCAUCCCUGCUAUGAGCCAUGGCUUCUGCCCAGUGCCACGCUGGUAAAUGUUUAACAUUCCCCGAAUUGUAGCGUUUGCCGAUUUCCACACUCAAUUUCAAGUUCCCACUGUGCCGUCAGUGAAGGCGGAGCCGAGAAGAGAUGCCCGCGGUUGGGAAGCCUUUAUGAGAAGCUCCAGCCCUGCAGCCUGUACACAGAGCCGCGAGGUAGGGUAACUCCUUGAGAUGCCAUUUGUAUUUCGUUCCCAAGUCAUUUCUCUCUGCCAGUUCCAGGAGGUCAUUUCUGCGUGUCCCCUUGGCUGGAGGGUGCAGGUCACAGGGCAGAAGCAGAAUUUGCCUGAAGACAUCUUCCUUUCCUGGGUCAGUGAGGGUUAUGCUAGAGGAGGGGCAAGAAGUGAGAAGCUGAGGGGAGGAGAGGAAGGGGUUCCCCAACUCAGGGAUGGGGAGACGGAGGUUCUGGGGGGUCUGCUAGUGCUUCAAGGGCCAGCCCCCAGGCCAUGUGACGUCACCUCCACCGUUUGGCUGAUGGGUGUGUCAUCAGUAACCGGGAGGAUAGAUGGCGGGAGCCCCCUUCCACCACCAAACACACCGAAGGCUCCAGUCUACUGGAGCCCCAGGGCCUUGGCACAAUCCAGGCAAGGGAGCCCUGACCUUGCUGCCUGGGAUGGGAUGUCCUGCGUUUGCAUGGGCUGGCCACUGUGCUGAGAACGUUUGUCGUGGUCACAGCCUGUUGGGCACAGCCGGGAAAGCUGGGCUGAAAGAUGUUGGGGCCCCUCAGCCAUUAAAGAGUGGAGCCAGGACUUGGACCCAGGCAGGUGGCUACAGGCCAGGUGUCAGCACUGCACUGCCCAUUUCAUGAUGGAGCUUUCUAUUUCAUCUUCAGCAUGUCUUUACCUGGCUGAGCCUCAGUUGCCUUAUCUGUAAAAUGAGCAGAAGAACAAUCUCUAAUAGGAUUGUUCUGAUGAUUGAUUAUGAUUAUUUACUAGCUUCUUAAUAAACAUGAGCAUCCUUCCUUCUUAUCCCACUGAAGUUUUCAUGCAUAUUUUCCCCUCUCUAUAGAAGGGUGAUUCAUAUCAAUAAGCCACCAGAGAAAGGACAGAC